AUGGAGGUCUGGAAGACCAUGCCGCGAGCAUACGAGGAAGUCAUCAAUGGCGGACAAAACAAAGCAGUCCAUUCUGCUCUACUCUGGCCUCUAAUGAUGUUCGGAAAACUGUCCGUCUCCAUUAUGGGAGCCUAUGCUCUUCUCGCGAAUGCUGCAAUUGUGGAGAUGUAUAGCGAUCAGGACUGUCAGAUUUCAGUAGGAUCUCGGAAUGUUUGGGACAACACUUGCGCCACUGGUGUGCCUGGAUUCCAGUCAUUCAUGAUCACCACCGCAGGAGGCAGUGAUCAGUCGCUGACUACAUAUAGCCCCGAUGCAUGUGCACUCGCGUACAUUGCAUGCGUGGGCGCAGGAUCAGUUGGUACCUGCUAUCGUUCCUAUGACAAUGAUGGUGGAAGCAAUGCCCUGAGCUCCUCCACCGAAUGCGGCAUGGCUUAA